AUGCGUUUCAGCUGCAUUUUGGGCAUUUUAGCAAUGUGCCUCAUUGCUCAGGCAGCUGAACCGAAUUGUACAAGGACAUGGCCACCAGUACUUGGGCAAUGCCGUUUUAAGUGCCAACAUGGAAGUUGGGGGUUCCGUUCUCUUCCGGGCUUUACCCUUGAGGAUAAACCGGACGGAACGCCUUGCAGGAGAUUUUUGGGCUUAAAACAAGGAGAAUGCAAGAAAGGGAGAUGUGUAAAGCCUACAGCUAACAUGACAGGCCCCAGCCUUCCUGAAUAA